GACAACAUGGCUCAUUUUGAAAAAUUAUUGCUUCUCUUUUCCUCUGUUGUUCUAACUUUCGGAGGGGAAAAAUUUUAUGAUGAUGAUGCCAUUCCAGUGUACACAAAUGAGUUUUUCAAAGCAAAAAUAGAAAAAGAUCCACAUUUUGUGCUUUUCUACGCGCCUUGGUGCGGUCACUGCCAGAAAGUCUUGCCAACAUGGCAGCAGCUUGGGGAGCAUUAUGAUGGCUCUGAUGAUCUGAAGCCAAAUGUUAAAAUCUUACAGGUUAAUUGUGUCUUGAACACAGAACUCUGUGCCAAUUACAAUGUUCUUGGCUACCCAACAAUGAAGUUCUUCGGUGUAAAGGGUACAGAACCAGUGACCUUUAAGGGUGGCCGUGACAUUGAAACAUUUGACGAAUUCAUUAAAAAACAAAUGGUACCAGAUGCCCAGGAGCCACUCACCCCCAAUCCAGUUGUCAAGACAGGCCUGUACGAGCUCACAGAAGAUACAUUCCAGAACCACGUACAACACGGCGAUCACUUCAUCAAAUUUUACGCCCCCUGGUGUGGACAUUGUCAACGGUUAGCGCCGACGUGGGCCGAACUUGCAACAUUCCAUACAGAGAAUCAAGAUGUCAAAAUAGGAAAGGUUGACUGUACAGAAAAUCGUGCCGUGUGUCAAAAACACAGCGUACGGGCCUAUCCCACGUUGCUCUGGUUCAGGAAUGGUAUACAGUACGAGAAAUAUCAAGGCGUCCGAGAUUUAAACACGCUCCGUGAUUUCAUCAAGCAGAAAGUGUCGGAAAUGGCUGGGAGUGAAAAUGAAGAUGCUGAGAAAAUACCUGACUCAAAAACACCAGCCCAAGAAAAUGUUGUCAAACUGACCGGUGCCAACUUCGAUGCAUCUGUUGCAUCUGGUGUCACUUUUAUCAAAUUCUAUGUUGAUUGGUGUGGACACUGCAAAGCUCUUGCCCCUAUAUUUGAAGAGUUGGGAAAAGCGUUCCAGGUCUCGGGGAGUAGUGUAAAGAUAGCAGAGAUCAACUGUGAGGAUAAUGCAAAUAUUUGUGAGAAAUUCAAGGUCCAAGGUUACCCAACAAUUAUGCUAUUCAGGAACGGUGCACAGAUUGAUGAGUAUUCCGGCCAACGUACUCUCAAUGGAUUCACCGAAUAUCUCUCCAUGCAGACACUUCACGAUGAAUUGUAAAUCAUGCUCACGAAUACAGUAAAGCCUCUGUAUUAAGGACACCAUUCGACUGACAAAUGCUGUCUUUAUUUGAGAGGUUUGGAUCUUAUUGCAGAGGUCAAAUCCCCAAUGGAAGUGACCGAUUUGGAGCCAAAAACGGUGUCCUUGAUAAAGAGGGGUCUACUGAGGGAGGUUCUAUUGUACAUAGAUCACCUUUUUUGGGUCUGAGGGUUACUUCUGUCCAACGAAUCGUAGAAUUUUGAAUUUUGUAUCCUGUUUGUCCUGGAGUAAAGUCAGAUUCAUAUUCUGAUAGACACAUGCCCAGCAUUGGUAAUAACGAUCCAACAUUCUAGAUUACAUGUGUGAAAGUCGUCAGAGUGUAAACCUGGCUUUAUUGACACUUUACUUUGCAAAUCUUGCCACCUUUUUGUGAUAAAAACUUUCCGGUAAACUCCUCAAUUUAGAGAGCUCACAAAUUUCAGGCAAGUUUUGUGUAGCAGGUUCUUUAAUCAGUCAACAUGUAAGUCAAAUUAUUUAAACUAUUGUCACAAGAUCUUUACUGAAGCCUUAAAUUCUGGUCUUUUGAAAUGCUCAGUCCAUUUUUUAAGGUCCAUUUAUCUAUUGGGGAGGGGAUUUCUUUUACCAAUUAGCCUUGAGUUCAAAAUUUUAAUAUCUAUUCAUUCUGAAGAGAUUAUCUAUUUGCAUUCUCUUUGUGUGUGUUUUGUUUUAGAAUGUGUAUAUUUUGUUGCAAUUUGAUGGGUUUUUGUGGCGAUGUAUUUCAGCUGAGCGCCAGGCCCUUGUGCCUCUUGUUGUAUCAUAUCAGAUUCGCCAAGUAUGGAUUAUAAUCUGUACAUUCACUCAUCGGGUGCGGGCCUAGAAGUUUGUGCUCAAUUUCGGUGCCAAUUCGUGAUAUAGACACGAUAGAUGUAUAUAGUCAUGGUAUGUGUAGGUGCAGCAAAUAUGAACCAAGAAUUCCUAGUUGCUUCAUCUUGAGAAUCUGGUCAGUUUGGCUCAGAACCUCUCCACAAAUGGAAACAUGAAAGUUAUAGACCCUGGUACAAGAAUAAGCUAACCUGUGCCCCUUCAUUUAUUCGGGUACACCCUGUAGUUAAACUUUGUCUUAGUUUAGUAGUGACAUCUAUACUGAUCUAGUCUGGUUGUGGGUAAAUCUGUGCUAUUGAGUUGCUUUGAAAAAUGGUUGUGUAUGCCUUAAUACAUCAAUGUACAACGAAAUAUUUCACUUGUAAAUUAUCAUAACAGUUUAAAAAUCACCAAACAUUGGGUUUGUUUACGGAAUUCCUGAUCUUACAUGUGCCAAAAUCAAAGUCUUAAGACUUUUCAUUGUGAGUUAUUGAUAAUCAGCUAUUGAAGAGCAACAAUUUUGGCAUCAUCUAAUACUUUUUUCCGAACAAAUACUUGUCAUUCUGUUUACAAACCCUAAAUGUGCCUUUCAAACGCCACCAAGACCUGAUAAAGACUGCAUGAAGACUAGUAUUUAUUACGUCUUGACGCCAAUCACAUUUUCAUGUAAUGAUAUUCUGUUCAAUGCGCACUUAUUUAUGCAAAUCUGUGUAAUAAAAAUCAUCCUUGGUAA